AAAGCUCCUACUAGCACAACAGCAGUGGGAAGAUCUAGCCAUCUCUCUCUUCUCUGUAUCUGAGAGACAUACAUACGUAGAUCAUUUGGGCAGCCAUGGCGUCUUUGAUGCAGACAUUAGUCACGCUCUCUCUGCUCUCGCUGUUUGUCUGCUAUGUCCAUGGGCAGUUGUCUUCUACAUUCUAUGCUGGCACAUGCCCCAACCUACAGCAGAUCGUGCGCUCCACCAUGGCGCAGGCCGUCAACAAGGAGCCACGCAUGGCUGCCUCCAUCCUCCGGCUUUUCUUCCACGACUGUUUCGUUAAUGGCUGCGAUGCGUCGAUACUUCUGGAUGAUACUGCCGCAUUCACCGGCGAGAAGAAUGCCUCCCCCAAUAGGAACUCCGCCCGCGGCUACGAGGUUAUCGACGCCAUCAAAUCCAACGUCGAAGCUGCCUGCCGAGCAACGGUAUCGUGCGCCGACAUCCUCGCGCUGGCAGCACGCGAUGGCGUGGCCUUGCUUGGUGGACCGACAUGGGCGGUUCAGCUGGGCCGUCGCGAUGCCAGGACCGCAAGCCAAAGCGACGCUAACAGCAACCUCCCCGGGCCCUCCUCCGGCCUCUCCACUCUCAUAUCUUCGUUCGCCGCCAAGGGCCUCAACGCACGCGACAUGACCGCCCUCUCCGGUGCCCACACCAUCGGCCAAGCGCAGUGCGGAAACUUCCGCUCCCACAUCUACAACGACGCCAACGUCAACUCGAGCUUCGCUGCGCUCCGCAAACGGAACUGCCCGUCCUCUGGCGGCGACGGCAACCUGGCGCCGCUUGACCUCGAGACACCGAACCGGUUCGACAACGGCUACUACCGGGACCUGGUGGCCAAGAAGGGACUGCUCCACUCGGACCAGGAGCUGUUCAACGGCGGCUCUCAGGACUCGCUGGUGAGGCAAUACAGCGUCAACAAUGCGGCGUUCUCACGGGAUUUUGCGGCGGCCAUGGUGAAAAUGGGAGCCAUCAGCCCGCUGACUGGAAACAGGGGAGAGAUCAGAUUGAACUGCAGGAAGGCGAACUGAUCUGCGAGUGAUUCGUCCGUCGAUCAACAAUUCGUACAUCGUGUGUUAUUAUUCCUUUCAUUUACCCUGGUAAAUUAACAGGGGGGGUUUGCUUUCUUCAUUCCAUUUAUUUGUAUGCCAAAUCAAGGUAAUAAUAUCAAGAAAUUAUUGCGCCAAA